AUGGAUUGUAAAUUGCUCGUGCUGACAGUCUCUUUGGUCCUUGCGGUCAGCGCCCUUCCGCAGGACAAGAUUGUUGGUGGUCAGUUUGCUGAGCCCCAUCAGUUCCCAUACCAGGUCGCUUUGUUCUACAAAGGCAGGUUUCGGUGCGGAGGAUCUGUCAUUGAAUCCCAGUGGGUUCUGACGGCUGCCCACUGUGUUGUGAAUGGCGAUCAACAAAUUCCUUCCUCCCUUUUGGAAGUUUUCGUUGGAAACUCUGACCUGAACAGUGGAAAAGAGACAAUUGAAGUGUCCAAGGUUUUCGCCCACGAAUCGUACGGAAACUUCCUGAAUGACAUUGCGCUGAUGAAAGUCAAGAAGGCGUUCAGCUUCGAUGACACGGUGCAGAAAAUUGCAUUAAACAAGGAAGAGUUGCCGGAACCAACUCCGGUGACUAUUUCCGGCUACGGUCAAACCGGAACCACCCAACCAGCCUCGGAUCAGUUGAAAUUCAAUACCAUGUAUGUAGUGUCGGAAAAAGUUUGUCGCCGCGAAACGGGACUCGACCAAAAGGGGCUAAUCUGUUUCAACAACGAACCGAAUAACGGUGCCUGCAACGGUGAUUCCGGUGGUCCGGCAGUGUAUGACGGAAAACUGGUUGGGGUGGCAAACUUUGUGAUGGACGCGUGUGGAACCAGCAGUCCCGAUGGCUAUGCCAAGGUCGCUCACUACGUUGAUUGGAUCGAACAAACCAUUGCUAAAAAUUAA